UUGACCAUCACAUUGCCUUCUGGAACCUUAGCAUUGAUGCUAUGAAUCAUUUCCUAGGCAAGCACUAUAUUCUCGUGUAUGUUUCUGCCUCUGAUGAAUGCACAUUGUUUUUUUGAGACAGUUUUUUAAAGCAGGGGUUAAGUCUGUUAACCAUUAUUUUAGAGAACACUUUAUAAAGCACCGAGCACAAAUUAAUAGGCCUAUUUAAGUUCAUGCAUGAGGGGGGCACCAACCCUUCAGUUUUGCUCUGAGCAUAUUUGAAAAUCGGUGUGAAAGAAGGCCGGUUAGAUCUUUUUUUCUUUCUGAAGAUGGCCCUGUAAAUCUAUGUCUCUACCAAGUGCUAGGAGAAAACGUGGGCGAUGAUGGCAUGAGGUUGUGAAGGUUGCAGGGUGGAGCGACUCUUCAAAGGAAUCACCGGAAAGCUCACUCACGUCACUGACGAAAGAUCUACCAUCGAAGAUCUCACCUUAGCUCCUAGAUCCACUGUUCGUUCUUCCCUUUUUCCUUUGAUCUACAGGUGGAGCUUCAAGGUCUUUCCAAAUCUGAAGCAGAACCUUGGCUCAAGACCGAAGAAGAUCAAAGGGAUGUUGAGUACUGGAAGCUAGAUUUGAAUUGAAAGCUAUAUCUGAGUGGAUAACAUCGUUGGGAUGUCGAUAGAAGUGGAAGAAACGGUAAGCAAAGUGCUGAAGGAGAUCGAAGGGGGAGAGUUGGCCAUGGAACCUCCUCUGGCCCCAUCGACUUCAACGGCAAGGCCCUCCUACAUGUUUGCUGACAUGCUUAAGCAGCUGCAGAUGCCAAAUCCCUCAGCUGGGAUUUCCAUCGUGCCACCGAUACAACUCAAUGGAUAUCCAGCUUUCAUCUUCUUGGAGAAGGAAAUGGCUAUAGCUGAGACGAAUGUGAAAAACACUUUAGUCUUGAAAUUCCCUCGAGGUUGUCCAUCUCUUGAUUCCAUCAAGCUACAUGUUGUGAAAUGCUGGGGGCUUUCUUAAAUCCCAACUAUUGAGAUUUUUAAUAGCAGCAACAUCAAGGUGAUGACAAAGCCGAAUGUUAAUUUUGUGAAACCCUGGGCAUAAGAAAUGCGUGAGACGGAAGGCUUCAUCUACAAGGUAUUCAAAUGGUAUUCAGAAUUUAAUGGGCAAGAAGAACCACCACCAGCUCCUAUUUGGCGUUACUACUUAUGCUCAACAAGUAGUUCAACAUCUGGACAGAGAGAAUUUAUGGACAAUGAUAUGAUGGAUUCCACCCGUGAUCAUGACAUAUGGAAUGAAAGGUUCGAGGAUCGACUAGUAGACAUGUUGUAUGAGGACACCCUCAUGGAUAGAUUGAGGGGAGGGAGGAUCACAAACGGUGAUAAUGUAAGGCUUGCUACACUACUGUCAGUUGUGUGCCACAAGAAAUUCAAUUGUGAGCAAGUUAAGAGAAAGAUUGCUCGUCUAAAGCACAAACAACGAGAAUUUAUUGAUCUUAUGAAGCAAACUGGUUUAGGGUGGGACCCAAAGAGGAAGGCCCCAAUUGCUAGCUAGGAACAUUGGGCAAAUGCCAUUCGAGUACGAUAACCAACAUUUUUUCAAUAUAUGCUCCAAUUAUUAUCAUAAUUAUUUCUAACAUCAUUAACAUAAUUUUUAUGUUAUGUGAGAUCAUCAUGGAAGAAUUUCAAGACUUGGGGAUGCCCAAGAUAUGAACAGCUUUGUGCAAUCUUCUGAGAAGAAAUUUUGAAGAGAAGUUCUUGCUUUAGAUUUUGCCUUUAGUAAGUAAAUCCAAGUGCAUCGAGAAAAUUGAUCUACAAUGAUAAGAAAAAUAUUUAGAACCAAUUUAUGCUUGAAUUGAAUUGGAACCCCAAAUGUCGACAAAAACAAUUUCAAAUGGUCUAGUAACUUUGGUUUUGGAAUGGGGAAAUGGCAAUUUGUGUUGUUUGGCAAGGGGCAAAUAUCACAAGGUAUGUUGGAAGUAGUCGAGAGCUUAAGAUCAACUUUGUGGAUAUCAUGUAAUAUGUGUUGAGUCAUGGAACUAUGUCCAAGCCUAUAAUGCUAUAAAGUAAAUUAAUCAAACUUGGGAACAAUAAUAUUGUUAACAGAACUGGAAGGAAAUAAGGUCACAAAAAAAAAAAUGUGCAAAGCAGUCGAGUUGGAUCUCAAUAGUUGAAGAUGAUACAGGCCAUUAAGUACCUUCCCCACUCCAGUUGUCAUCCAAGAUGAAAGGUCCUGGAUAUAACAUGAAUUGGAAAAAAAAAAAAAAAAAAAAAAAAUUAGACAGCAAUUGGAGUGAUUUGUCAAGGAUUUUGCAGAAAUGAGAUUAAAAUAAAAUGUAGGAACACAUAGCACUUUUCGAAGAACCAAAUAGUCAGAAAGACAAACAUCACCAAUGUGAGUGGCUGUUGUUGUGGCUCCAUUAAGGAGUUUGAUCAUGUCAAAAACCGAGGUGACAUUGUGUGUGAAAUGAUUGUGGGUACAGAUCAUAUGAUCUAUAGCACCUAUGUUGAUGAUCCAUGUUGUGGUAGUGUUUGUAGUAUUGUUGUACUUGUGUGCGGAAUGAUAGGAUAUAAUAGCAGACACAGGAGACGUGCUAGCUUGCACAUGGUUGACAACAAGAGCGGGGGCAUUAUUGUGAGAUGUAAGGCAAGGAGGUGGUUGUACUACUCCUGAGUAAUCGUCGGACCAUGGCUGAUAUCUUCCUGCACAAGAGAAGAUUGAUUAGCAGAUGAUUUAAACUUGAGGUUGUUCUUGUGUCCCAAGGGAAAGCCAUUGAGUUUGUAGCACUUUUCUUUGGUAUGGCCUGGUAUAUGGUAAUAAGAUCAUACACGAAGAUGAGGGUUGGCCAUGAAACAAUGCGCCAAAUAGUGACUUGAGAUGUUGCAAUGGGAACAAAACAAUCAAUCCUUGCAAGAAGAUGGUUGGUUGCGCAUUUCUGGUCCGCAUGUGACCAUUGCAAGAGAGGCAGGUACAGAAUGAAGUUGCCUGUGCCUCUCUUCUUGUUGAACUAGGGACAAGACUCGAUUUAAAGUAGGAAGUGGGCCAUAGAGUAAAAUUUGUGCACGAACAGAGUCAUAAGAAUCAUUGAGCUCUAUUAGGAACUGCAUAACCUUGCUGUGAUGUGUGUAAUCCAUCAACGUUUUGAUCGAGCCACAAGUGCAUAGAGGCAUGGGUUUGUAGAUUUCAAGUUCAUCCCAAAAACUUUUGAGUUUGUUGUAGUAUUGACUUACAAAUUCAUUGUCUUUGGAUAAAGUGGAGAUGGAUUUGGUGAGUUGGAAAUUCGAGGAGAAUUUUGGAUAGAGAACCUUUAAUGCAGGUCAUUCCAGACAUUUGCUGCAGCAUCCGCAUUUGCAAUGCUUGAUCUAUGUUCAAAGCCAACUGAGUGUUGCAUCCAGGCUAUGAUCAUGUCAUUGCAGUGCUCCCAUGGAGCCAAAAGAGGGUCUGAAGCGUUAGUUGGUUUAGUGAUUUUACCAUCAAUAAAAUCGAGCUUGUUCUUGAUGUUCAGGGCACGCUGCAUUGUCUUUACCCAGGUCACAUAAUUCUCUGUUGUGAGGAGAUCGGGAACCAGAGGAGAGGAUGACUGCUAUUUAUGACUACAAAAUAAUGGAAUAAGAAAUAAUGAAAUAAACAAUGUAUUUACAAGUCACUAUAACACCUUCAACAGAAUUAUAUUCCCUCAUUUCUUCAUGGCUCUGUCUUGUGAAACCAUAGGCGUGUGAGGACAGAAUUCUUCUUGUGUUAAAUUCAACAGUUCCCGAUGCUGCUCGCAGUAGUAGUACUCAUGUCAACUCUGGCGCCUCCAGUUGAUCUGUACCUGCCGAAGUUUCUGCGAUUCUCGUUCAAACUCAUGUCCGUAGGCCUGAGCCAUCACAGGUGCACGGUGGCAUGGCCUGGUUUGAAAAGACUUCUUCACUUGAUUCGUUCAGCAUGCCGAGUAGGCAGCAGCUGGGGCCUUCGCAUUGCUUCUUUUUUGGAACGAAUCAUCCAGGCGUCGCCAAUCUUGCAAUGGCUGGUUGGGUCCUGCCCAAGCCAAAUAUCCUGUUAUGCUCGUUCAUCCAUUCUUGGCACAGCCACGCCGGGUGAGUAAAAUAGGUUUCAUGUUGCCAAAAGGAGAACCAAAGGUGGAGCCCUUGUGUGAAACUGGUCUGGACCUGUCCAAUGGUUCAUCAGUAUACCAACAAAUUAUGAGCAGGCUGCCGCUUGGACCGCCGAUGUAAUGUAAAUUUCACUUUUAUAAUUUUCUUGGGUGAAAGUAUAAAUGUUUACCUUUCUAUAUGAUAUACAAACAUAGGCAUUUAAAUUAUAA